AUGGCCGCGGGCGUGGAGCGGCGCCUGGGCAGCCUCACUGUCUUCUGCCGCGACGACUUCGAGGACGACUGGCGCCAAGUGGCCAGCGGCGGUUUUGGCCAGGUGUUCCAGGCUGGGCACAAGCUCUGGCGGACCGAGUACGCUAUCAAGUGCUCCCCCUGCCUCAUGCCCGACGCUGCCAGUUCUGAGGUGAAUUGUCUUAUUGAAGAAGCAGCCAAAAUGGAGAAGAUCAAAUUUCAGCAUAUUGUGUCCAUCUAUGGAGUGUGCAAACAGCCCUUGGGUAUCGUGAUGGAGUUCAUGGCCAAUGGUUCCCUGGAGAAAAUGCUACCUACCCACAGCCUCUGCUGGCAGCUCAAGUUCCGCAUUGUCUACGAGACAAGCCUGGCCAUGAAUUUCCUUCACAGCAUUAAGCCACCUCUGCUGCAUCUGGACCUCAAGCCAGGCAACAUCCUUCUGGACAGUAACAUGAAUGUCAAGAUUUCAGACUUUGGCCUGUCCAAGUGGAUGGAACAGUCUACCCGGAUGCAGUAUAUUGAGAGGUCGGCUCUGCGAGGCACCCUCGGCUACAUCCCCCCAGAGAUGUUUCUGCAGAGUAACAAGGCCCCAGGGCUCAAAUAUGAUGUGUACAGCUUCGGGAUUGUCAUCUGGGAGAUCCUCACUCAGAAGAAACCAUACUCAGGCUUCAAUAUGAUGACCAUCAUUGUCCAAGUGGCCAUGGGCAUGCGGCCGGCCCUGCAGCCCAUGUCAGAUGAGUGGCUGUGCGAGGCCCAGCAGAUGGUGGACCUAAUGAAGCGCUGUUGGGAGCAGGACCCCAAGAAGAGACCUUGCUUCUCAGACAUCACAAUGGAGACAGACGUGCUGCUGUCUCUGCUCCAGAGUAUCAUCACAGACCCUGAGAGCGAGGCCCUGGCCAGGAAGGUGUCCUACAAGCCAUCACUGCACCGGCCCCCAAAGGUCAACGAGGACAUCAGCCAGGAGCUAACAGACAGUGACUCCGGGGACUACUUGAAGCGGGUGCUGCAGCUGUCGGACGGUGAGAGCUUGAUCCCCAGUGAGGAGGAGCUUCGCAUCUAUGAGAACAAGGUCACCCCCCUCCACUUCCUGGUGGCGCAGGGUAGAAUGGAGCAGGUGAGGUUGCUGCUGGCCCAUGAGGUGGACUUGGACUGCCAGACAGCCAGCGGCUAUACACCCCUCCUCAUUGAUGCACAGGACCAGCAGUCUGACCUCUGUGCCUUGCUCCUGGAGCACGGUGCAGACGCCAACUUGGCUGAUGAGGACGGCUGGGCCCCGCUACACUUUGCAGCCCAGAAUGGGGAUGACCGGACUGCCCGCCUGCUCCUGGACCACGGGGCCUGUGUGGAUGCCCAAGAGCAUGAGGGGUGGACCCCGCUGCAUUUGGCUGCACAGAACAACUUUGGGAACGUGGCCCGGCUCCUGGUCUCCCGUCAAGCUGACCCCAAUCAGCGUGAGGCUGAAGGCAAGACACCUCUCCAUGUGGCUGCCUACUUUGGCCAUGUCAGCCUGGUUAAGCUACUGACGGGCCAAGGGGCUGAGUUGGAUGCUCAGCAGAGAAACCUGAGGAUGCCACUGCACCUGGCUGUGGAGCGGGGCAAAGUGAGGGCCAUCCAACACCUGCUGAAGAGUGGGGCGGCUCCUGACUCCCUUGAUCAGGGUGGUUAUGGACCACUGCACACCGCGGCCGCCAGGGGCAAGUACCUCAUCUGCAAGAUGCUGCUCAGGUACAGGGCCAGCACUAAGCUGCCCACCCAGCAGGGCUGGACACCCCUGUACCUAGCAGCCUACAAGGGCCAACUAGAGAUCAUCCAUCUCCUGGCAGAGAGCCACGCAGACUUGGGUGCUCAUGGAGGCAUGAACUGGACCCCCCUGCAUCUGGCGGCCCGCCACGGGGAGGAGGUGGUAGUGUUGACCCUGCUGCGGUGUGGAGCUGACCCCAAUGCCGUUGAGCAGUCUGGCUGGACACCGCUUCACCUGGCGGUCCAAAGAGAAGCCUUCCUGAGCGUCAUCAACCUUCUGGAGCAUCAUGCAGAUGUCCAUGACCGCAACAGGGUGGGCUGGACACCUGCCCAUCUGGCUGCCCUCAAAGGCUACAUGGCCAUUCUCAAAGUGCUGACCAAGGCCGGCGCCCAACUGGACUCCCAGAAUGGGAUGGGCUGCACAUCCCUGCAGCUGGCCUUCCGGAGCCAAAAUCAGGGCAUCAUUGCCUUUCUAGAGGGCAAAGAGCCCACAGUGCCCAUUCUGGGAGCCACAGAACCUGGGGCUCAGACAGAAGUAUAG